AUGGCUUCCGUUAUGCAGGUCAAUGACCUCCCUCUUCCCAUUCUUCCUGAGGGAUGGAGUGCCGAGAAGGACUUCAAGGCCGUUGGGAAACUGUCUGGUGCCGUGCAACGCAGCAUCGAGCCCGUCGGCCCUCAUUUCCUGGCUCACGCCCGCCGAGCUCGUCACAAGCGCACUUUCUCCGAGGACGAUCGUAUCCAGGCCCAGGAGAGUGCCAAGAAAGUCGAAGAUGGGGAUGAAAGCGAGGAGAGCGAGCCCGAGGAUCCCAUGAUGCUGCAGCGAGAGGCCAAGGACUGGAAGACCCAAGACCACUACAAGAUAAUGGGCCUUUCCAAGUACCGCUGGAAGGCUACUGAGGACCAGAUCAAAAAGGCCCAUCGCAAGAAGGUCCUCAAGCACCACCCGGACAAGAAGGCCGCCCAGGGUCGUACCGAAGACGACCAAUUCUUCAAGUGUAUCCAAAAAGCCACCGAGGUUCUCCUUGAUCCUGUCAAGCGCCGCCAAUACGACUCCGUUGACGAGGAAGCCGAUGUUGAACCCCCCACCAAGAAGCAGCUCCAAAAGGGCGAUUUUUACAAGCUCUGGGGCAAGGUCUUCAAGUCUGAGGGUAGAUUCUCCAAGACUCACCCGGUGCCUACGUUCGGUAACGCCGACUCCACCAAAGAGCAUGUUGAAGACUUCUACAACUUUUGGUACAACUUUGAUUCGUGGCGCAGCUUCGAGUAUCUUGAUGAGGAUGUCCCCGAUGACAACGAAAAUCGUGACCAGAAGCGUCACGUUGAGCGGAAGAAUGCCAAUGCUCGCAAGAAGAAGAAGGCCGAAGAUAACGCGCGUCUUCGAAAGCUACUGGACGAAGCAUCUGCCGGUGACGAGCGUAUCAAGCGCUUCAGACAGGAAGCCAAUGCCACCAAGAACAAGAAGCGUCUGGAAAAAGAGGCGGCUGAGAAGAAGGCCGUCGAGGAAGCCAAGGCCAAGAAAGAGGCCGAGGAAAAGGCCAAGGCUGAGGCUGACGCUGCCGCCAAGGCCGGCCGCGAUUCUGCAAAGAAGGCCAAGGAGGCAGCUAAGAACGCCGUAAAGAAGAACAAGCGCGUGCUCAAGGGUUCCGUCAAGGAUGCCAACUACUUUGCCACGGGCGGAGAUCCUUCAGCUGCCCAAAUCGACGCUGUUUUGGGAGAUGUCGAGCUUGUGCAGGGGAAGAUUGACCCCGACGAGAUUGCCGCCCUGGCUGAGAAGCUCAAUGGUCUCAGCAUGGCUGACAAGAUCAAGGCCGUUUGGAGCGGUGAGGUCAAAAGACUUGUUGAUGCGGGCAAGCUAAAGGAUGGCGAAGCUAAGACCCUGGUGUGA